UUUAUUUUUCAGUAAUUUCGACGACAUUCACGUCAUGUUGUGUCUGUAAGUUGCUAAAAAUAAUAAGAAUCAAAGACGAUCGAGUGUUUGAAAAAAGCUGAAUUCUCCCAUUCCUUCCAUGUGACUUGAACGCAGCAGGAGCCGCAAACACGAAGACGAACGAAGCAGCGAUGAGCUGACGUUAGCUCGUGUUAGCUCGUGUUAGCGCAGUCGUUACACCAUGUAACCGUGAGGAUGAUGUGAAGAUUAUCGCUGAAAUGCGGGUGUAGGUUCCCCGGUAUAUUGCCCCCCCGUUUUCGACCAACAUGGAAACAAAAAGACUAGAAAUACCGUCCGACAUGCUGGACGACCUCUGCAGCCGCUUCAUCCUGCACAUUCCCAGUGAGGAGCGAGACAACGCCAUCCGGGUGUGCUUCCAGAUUGAGCUGGCUCACUGGUUCUACCUGGACUUCUGCAUGCAGAACAAUCCCGGAGCUCCGCACUGUGGGAUACGAGACUUCGCCAAAGCUGUUUUCCAUCACUGUCCGUUUCUGUUGCCUCAUGGAGAAGAUGUGCAGAAAGUCCUGGAACAGUGGAAGGAGUACAAGAUGGGUGUACCGACGUACGGCGCCAUCAUUCUGGACGAAUCGCUGGAGAAUGCGCUCCUGGUUCAGGGUUACCUCGCCAAGUCAGGCUGGGGUUUCCCAAAGGGAAAAGUCAACGAGGACGAAGCUCCCCACGACUGUGCCGUGCGCGAGGUGAUGGAGGAGACGGGCUUCGACAUCAAGAAUCGCAUCGGCAAAGAUGUUUACAUCGAGCAGAAGAUCACCGACCAGGUGGUGAGACUCUACAUCAUACCCAGAGUGUCCAAGGACACCAAGUUCAACCCCAAAACCAGGAAGGAGAUCAGGAACAUCGAAUGGUUCCCGAUCGAGAAGCUGCCGUGUCACAGGAACGACAUGACGCCAAAGUCUAAACUUGGACUCGCCCCCAACAGGUUUUUCAUGGCCAUUCCAUUCAUAAGGCCACUGCGGGAGUGGAUCAGUAAGCUGAAAGGCGAGUCCACGGACAGCGACGAGGACGUCGUGAACACCAGCAUCACUCCAGGAAAACCCUCCGACAACACUCGAUCAAAAUCUCGUCGCCUCACUGGUACUGAAGUGUUUUUUGGGAACGGUUGGACGAAAAACACGCAGCAGAAAUCUGUGGCUCAGCUGAGCCAACACGAGCCGAACCAGCACUCGAUCACGAGGAGCAACGGGAAAAAGAGUCAGGACUCGCCGUACGUGAAGAAAGGAGCCAACGACGGAGGAGGAAACAACCUGCAGAAGGACGAUAAAAGAUUCCAGCCCAGAAAACUGCAAGACAGUUUCGACAGAGAUGUUUCUUCGAGGGACUGCGAUCAGCUCUUCUCUUCCAAGACGUUUCUCAACUUCAGAUUCGACAGAGACGCCAUCAUGAAGUGUUUCGACUACUGACACGACGACCACGUGCGCCGCGUUUUUUUGUCCCAAGCAAUGACGGCAGCAUCAAACCGGAGCCUUUGAUCUGCGAAAAACUGUCCGCGCUGUCAUCGUCAGACAUGAAAGGAUAAACCUUUAAAAAACGCAAGCGGGAACAUCGGAUUUAUUUUGUUUUUAUUCGAAAAUUCAAAAAUAUUCGCAGUCCUGUUCUGGCUAUUUGUGUGACCAGCGUAACGCGAAAAGUAAAGUCGUGUUCGGAUAAAAUUUUCGUUAGUGCUAACAUUUCGGUGGUGAUCCAGAAGACACAGAUCUGCUUUUAAACCAAGCGUUACGCAUUGUUUUCGGUGGAUUUAUCCGAUCAAAUGUGUUUGGGUUUUUUUUUCUACCAAAAUAAAAUUUUAAAUCUCUUACACAAAAAAAGUAACAAUAAUCUGAUUUUAAUAAUCCGAUCAGCAGCCACAGUCGUCCGUGUGUCUUUGCUGUUAUUGUUGCCGUAACGUGACUUAAACAAACGUCCUACUGAUUUAUUUCCGUUAAUCUUCACUUCUGUUCCAUCGCUUUCUUCAGGUUUAACGUCCACGGUUCUCGCACAAGUUCUCACGUUGCGUUCUUCGCGGCUCUUUAGGUUAAAACACAGAAGAAGAAAAACACGGAGUUAUGAAACCAGGACGGAGGAAAAAGACUGUGAACAUUACGACUUUUUUUAAGAAGUUCAAAGGUUCGACUUUGUUCUUAAACUUGUUCGGACUCUGGACGCGAACUCUUCUCCUGCGAUGUUUGUCCUUUUUUUAAUCAGUUCUUCGUGUCGUCCUUUAGCUUCUGUGUUGUUUCGACUGUGAAUUUAAGUAAAGUCUGUUUUGUUUUUUUUCACUCUGUUGUUGACAUGAAACUUUAUUCCACAAACAAAAGUUUGUAUCUUUGGGAGAAGAUAUGCGAAUAAUUGAUUGUAUUGUUGACAGUUGUACGAUUAUUUUUUAUCUGGGAUAAUGUGCGAUAUUAUCACCCAUCAACGAUCAAAAAAAAAGCACGCACAAAAAGCUGUGUCGCUCACCAACACACAGUUUUAGUGAUUUACUCUAAAGUACCACAAGGGGGAGCUGCAUCUCUCCACUCAUCCUCGGACAUGAACCCGUGAUACGUAACGAUUUUAUUUACGACUGUUGUGACAUGUUUUUGUAAUUAAACGACUUUUGGUAACAAUUUUA